CUUCGCCCCGCCCCGGUAGUUUCUGUGUAUGUGUGGAGUUUGAGGAAGUGGCAGAAUCUUAUUUCAGAGCGAAAGUGGGAGAGACAUGGACAAGCUGCGGCGGGUUUUAAACGGACGGGAGGAUAAUGAGGAGCUCGGGUUGACUUCGCAGAUCCUGGAUGCCUCCACACUCAGUUACAGCACGAGGAUCAAAUGGUUCAUCAUAUGCUUCUCCGCCGGGAUCCUUUGCUCCAUACUGGGCACGGCGCUCCUAUUCCUGCCCAAUGGACUGGGGCUGUUCGCAGUCUUUUACACCUUAGGAAACGUUGCCGCACUAUCCAGCACCUGUUUCCUGAUGGGUCCAUUGAAGCAGCUGAAGCGCAUGUUUGAGCCGAACAGACUCAUAGCCACUUGUGUCAUGCUGCUGUGCCUUGCCCUGACCUUAUGUGCAGUCUUUUGGUGGAAGAAAAAGGGGCUGGCUAUCAUCUUCUGCAUUUUACAGUUCUUAGCUAUGACCUGGUACAGCAUCUCGUACAUUCCUUUUGCACGGGACGCAGUCAUUAAGUGCUUCACUUCCUGUUUGGGCUAAAGCUGUUUCUCUCCACAAGCCAUGUCCGGCUAUAAACACCCAAAUUCUGUGCUCAGAUUAUACAUAGUAAAUAUGUAAGAUAUUUUAUUGCAAAGAUUUUCAUUUCAUUUUGUCCUAAUAUAAGCCAGCAUAUUUUAUAUUUUGAAAUGUAUCCUGGGGGAUUUCACAUUUAACUAUUCACUAUUUUCAUUAACAUAUAUGAAAGAUUUUUCUUGUCUGUCUGUAAACUGUGAUUUGAAAGAAACCCUAAAUGAAUACAUAUGUGUGUUGUAAUGAGUGACUGCUGCACAAAAAUUCAACUUAUUCCAAUUCAAAUUUUUGCAUUAAAUGCAGCAAUUUGUAUUUUUCACACCAAAAACCAUUAAGCAUUACUACACUGUCUAAAACUGCACUUCUUGUAAUAAACACAAAUAUUAUUGA